UGGAAAGGUAGAAAAAGUUCGUGAAUUGCUGAUAUUAAAUGGUCAAAAGCCUUUUUUGGAUCUCAAUCGUUGCGAUGAUUUGGGUAAAGCACUCGUACAUAAGCUUUGUGAAAUCCGUUGUGGCGUUUCUCACACACAAUGUGAGCUUAUUACUUUAUUGGUUACGAAUGGGGCGCGUUUGGAUAUGGCAGAACAUAGUAAUGGACAAAUUCCUUUGCAUAUAG